UUAAUAUAUUAAACUCUUUGUAAACCACCAGGCAGGUCUAGCUUGGUUUUGAGCUAAAAAAAUGUGUAGUUCAAGGCAUAGGGCAGCUCAGGGUGGGAGUAGUUUGUAAGGCCUUUUGAUUGUGAGAUAAAGAAAAGAAUUUUCGUUCUUUUUUCCUUCUCCUUUCCCUCCAGGAACACAUCUUUUGUGUGCUCUGCCUAACAAAGGAAAUUUCCUAAUUUCAUAGUGGAGUUUGGAAGGAAAGUAUGAUAUCUACAUGCUUCUGCAAAACCAGCUUCCAACCACAAAAGAUUAAAAAAAAAAAGCUGUGCAUUUUGCAAUACACCAAUUGGAGGAAAAACAAAGACAUUGGGAGUUAGUAAUAAAAACAGCCACAACAAAAUCUCAAAGGAUUUAGAAUUCCUUUAGUUUCUAUUUGGCGUAAGAAUCAUAGUAUUUCUUUGUUCUGCUCUUCCUUAUCUGCUGCACUCAAAUGAUAGUUUUAUUUCAUUCUUGCAGGUAACUUAUUCUAUUGUUGCUCAAAGCAGAGCCCUGCACAAGAUGGGCUUACAUAUGUAGGGUAAUAGAAUGAACCUUUUUUUUUGGAAAAGUGCAGGGUACUCUUUAAAAAAAAAAACACUUAGAAUAAAUGCUGUCUUUUUCAGCUAUGAAAUUCAAUGAUUUUGUAAAGUAGACUUAAGAUGGAUGUUUUGACUUUAACUAUUGGUCUGCCUGGCAAAGGGGUUUCCUCUUUGUAAAAGUAUAACUGAGAUAAUUUGCAAUAAAUUAAUAUUAUUUAUUUUCUGGUUGUUGAUGGUAUUUAAAAGCAGAUGCAAUGUUAUCUGUUGCCACUUGUGCAAAUGAUGAAUUGUGCUUUUAAACCAAAUUUCCUCCAGCUUAAGGUCACCCCAAAAACACUGGGCUUUGUACAGAGCCCCGCUCCAAAAAAUAUCUGGCAUUAUGAAGCCACGAGGCCUCUGUACAGCUAAGGACUCUUCAUGAUAAGCAAUUCAGACUUCAGUUUUGGUAGUACAACUUUUCUGUGAUUUCAACUGUGUAAGAGAAAGGAAUGGGGGAGGGGCAAGAGCAUAUAUUUUAAGAAAACGAAGAUUCCAAAUCCAUGAAACCUAGGAUUUACUAUGGUAUGUACAUUAGGAUCCGUAUAUUGCAAAAUGUGUGGCGUGUCAAGAUUUCAAAUUAGCUGGUCCUUGUAUACUCUUCAAUACAAGUCAUGUUUUUACAUGCACAUUAAUAAAGGCCCAGCUUUGGGAGAAGAAAAAAGGCUUCUUUUCAAAUGAAAUGAAGCCCAGGUGUAAAGUUGAAACUCAACCCACAGAGUACUGGCACCGUUUUCAGGCUAACAGAAGAUGAGUUUCAAUUUCAUCAUCUCGUAAAACUGAUAAAUGAGAAGUUGUGACUGCAAAACCUGCAGACUACAUAGGUCUUUCUAAACAUGUGUAAAUAUGUAAACAUGUAUUUCUGCUUAAGUGCAACUCCAAACAAUUUGUUUCAAAGACCAAGGACUUAAGCAAGACCAAAAUUCAGGUCAUUUACAUGAAGUCUUAAAUAGCAAAAAUGCUACUUGCAAUUUACAUCAUACAGUGCCCUCACAACAGAGAACAAUGGCUUCCUCCAUGCAAGUUAAUGCAAUUGAGAGGCAGACUGAGAUUUUGUUUUUCAAACUUUUCUGCAGUUUGCAAAUAUUACCAGUCAAUCUAAUUUAAAAUAUUGUAAAACAGAAAUGUUUCCUAUGCUGGGAGUCUUCACUACCACUCAAAUAAUAUUAGUGUCUUCAGAUCUGAUCAAACAGGCGUGAGCCUUUGUGAGAGGUUAUGGUGACAUGUUUUUCAGAUCCUUCCAUUUUGUCCUAUUUCCAGUGUCAGCACAAUCAGCCUGGCAUGGGGGUUUUCUCUCUGGUUUUAAAAAACGUUUCAAUGGCGCACAUGUCUGUGAACAAUAUAGGAACCAGGACACCGGGCUGGGAAAACAGCAUACCUCAUCUGGAAUGGAAAUAGAUGGUCUCCCUCUCCGAUGGGUUACAGAUUAUACACCCUCUUGGCCUUUAGCGGGUUUAUAUAUGUAUCUUUUUGUGUUCUGUAGCCUGUGACCACCUGCUGUAUGUACAAUAUGUGCUUGUUACAUUUGUACACCAUCUCCCUUCUAGAAUUUAAAGACCUAGCUAUUACAUCUUGUUUACUCAAUAUCAUUCCCCCAUUAAGGAAAAAAAAAAAAACCCACAUGAACUGAACAUGCCAUGUUUCAAUCUGGCCCCAGUGGCUUUUUCUCUGAAAGCAAAACGUGUGUCUUUUACACCAGGGCUUUCUCCCCACCCCAGGGGGUGUCUUCCAUUCUUUUGUGGCUCAGUUUAAGGCGAAAAGGGCUCCAAACCAGUAACUAACCAGAGGAGAGCCCCUUCUUCCACCUCCACGGAGAAUUUCAGACUUAAUUUAUCUGAAGAUAGCGUGCUCUCUUCUUACUUAUUUGCCACCAUUACGAGGAGAACAAAACACCACCUUGGCUUCAAGAUCCUGGGUAGAGGCUCACGGUCUUUUCAACCAUCUUUGGCGAGGCCUUGCUUCCUUCCACUCGAGGUAUGUUCUGUUUUGUGCUUUUCCUUUUAGAAGCUACUAAAGGGUGUUGGGGAUACUUCUGACUAUUAUGAAGGCCGAAAGGCCUGUUGACUGGGGCUGCUUUUAACCCUUUCCUAUUUGCUGAGAAUGCAGCCGUGUGACAGUAACUGAACACUGGUCCAAAGUCUUUCCAAAAGGUCAAGGUUCACAAGAACCACUGAUCACAUUCAUGACCAUGGGGGACAUGAAGACCCCAGACUUUGACGACCUCUUGGCAGCGUUUGACAUCCCAGAUAUGGUCGACCCUAAAGCAGCUAUCGAGUCUGGACACGAUGACCACGAGAGCCACAUGAAGCAGAGUGCCCACGGAGACGACGACUCCCACACGCCGUCCUCCUCAGAUGUGGGUGUCAGCGUCAUUGUUAAGAACGUUCGGAACAUGGAUUCCUCCGAGGGUGGGGAGAAGGAUGGUCACAAUCCCACCGGCAACGGCCUGCACAAUGGCUUUCUCACAGCGUCUUCCCUGGACAGUUACAGCAAAGAUGGAGCAAAGUCCUUGAAAGGAGAUGUGCCUGCCUCUGAGGUGACUCUGAAAGACUCAGCCUUCAGCCAGUUCAGCCCCAUCUCCAGUGCUGAAGAGUUUGAUGACGACGAGAAGAUAGAGGUGGACGACCCUCCUGACAAGGAGGAUGUACCUUCAGGCUUUAGGUCCAACGCGUUGCCAGGUUCUGUUCCCCAACAGGACUAUGAUAAAGUAAAGGCACCUGGAGGGGAAAACUCCAGCAAAACUCCAACCUCUACAUCAGGCAAUACAGAUAAAAACAAAGUUAAGCGAGAAACGGAAACAAAUUCUAUAACCCUAAGUGUUUAUGAAGCUUUUAAAGUCAGAAAAGCAGAAGAAAAAUUGAAGGAAAACUCUGACAAGGUGCUUGAAAACAGGGUCCUUGACGGGAAGCUGAGCUCAGAGAAGAAUGAUACCAGCCUCGCCAGCGUGGUGCCGUCAAAGGUGAAGUCGUCCUCUAAGCUAUCAUCCUGCAUAGCUGCAAUCGCGGCUCUGAGCGCUAAAAAGGCGGCUUCAGAUUCCUGCAAAGAACCAGUGGCCAAUUCGAGGGAAUCCUCUCCGUUACCCAAAGAAGUAAACAACAGUCCGAGAGCCACUGACAAGUCCCCCGAAUCCCAGAGUCUCAUUGAUGGGACGAAGAAAGCAUCCCUAAAGCAACCGGAUAGUCCCAGGAGCAUUUCCAGUGAGAACAGCAGCAAGGGGUCCCCAUCCUCUCCUGCAGGGUCCACACCAGCAAUUCCCAAAGUGCGCAUAAAAACCAUUAAGACGUCUUCUGGGGAAAUCAAGAGAACUGUGACCAGGGUAUUGCCAGAAGUGGAUCUUGACUCUGGGAAGAAGCCUUCCGAGCACACACCAUCCGUCAUGGCCUCUGUGACGUCCCUUCUGGCCUCCUCAACACCUGCUGCCGUCCUUUCCUCUCCCCCCAGGGCGCCUCUCCAGUCAGCAGUUGUGACCAAUGCAGUGUCCCCUGUGGAGCUGACCCCGAAGCAGGUCACAAUCAAACCUGUGGCUACUGCUUUCCUCCCAGUGUCCGCUGUAAAAACGGCAGGGUCCCAAGUCAUUAAUCUGAAGCUCGCUAACAACACGACAGUGAAAGCCACGGUCAUAUCUGCUGCCUCUGUUCAGAGUGCCAGCAGUGCCAUCAUUAAAGCCGCCAAUGCCAUCCAGCAGCAAACUGUUGUGGUGCCGGCGUCCAGCCUGGCCAAUGCCAAACUCGUGCCAAAGACUGUGCACCUUGCCAACCUUAACCUUCUGCCUCAGGGUGCCCAGGCCGCCUCUGAACUCCGCCAAGUGCUAACCAAACCUCAGCAACAAAUAAAGCAGGCAAUAAUCAACGCAGCAGCCUCUCAACCACCCAAAAAGGUGUCUCGGGUCCAGGUGGUGUCAUCCUUGCAGAGUUCGGUGGUGGAAGCUUUCAACAAGGUGCUGAGCAGUGUCAAUCCAGUCCCAGUUUACAUCCCAAACCUCAGUCCUCCCGCCAGUGCAGGGAUCACGUUACCGUCGCGUGGGUACAAGUGCUUGGAGUGUGGGGACUCCUUUGCGCUUGAAAAGAGCCUGACCCAGCACUACGACAGACGUAGUGUGCGCAUCGAAGUAACGUGCAACCAUUGUACAAAGAACCUUGUUUUUUACAACAAAUGCAGCCUCCUUUCCCAUGCCCGUGGGCAUAAGGAAAAAGGGGUGGUAAUGCAGUGCUCCCACUUAAUUUUAAAGCCAGUCCCAGCAGAUCAAAUGAUAGUUUCUCUGUCAAGCAAUACUUCCUCUUCAUCUUCCACUCUGCAGAGCUCCGGGGCAGCUGGCACACAUACUGUAACAAAAAUUCAGUCUGGCGUAACAGGGAAUGUCAUAUCGGCUCCUUCCAGCACUCCCAUCACUCCUGCCAUGCCCCUGGAUGAAGACCCCUCCAAACUCUGCAGACACAGUCUCAAAUGCUUGGAGUGUAAUGAAGUCUUCCAGGAUGAGACAUCACUGGCUACACAUUACCAGCAGGCUGCAGAUACGAGUGGACAAAAGACUUGCACUAUCUGCCAGAUGCUGCUUCCUAACCAGUGCAGUUAUGCAUCACACCAGAGAAUCCAUCAGCACAAAUCUCCCUACACCUGCCCUGAGUGUGGGGCCAUCUGCAGGUCGGUGCACUUCCAGACCCACGUCACCAAGAACUGUCUGCACUACACGAGGAGAGUUGGUUUUCGAUGUGUGCAUUGCAAUGUUGUAUACUCUGAUGUGGCUGCGCUGAAGUCUCACAUUCAAGGUUCCCACUGUGAAGUCUUCUACAAGUGUUCUAUUUGUCCAAUGGCGUUUAAGUCUGCCCCAAGUACACAUUCCCAUGCCUACACACAGCAUCCUGGCAUCAAGAUAGGAGAACCAAAAGUAAUAUAUAAGUGUUCCAUGUGCGACACUGUGUUCACCCUGCAAACCUUGCUGUAUCGCCACUUUGACCAACACAUUGAAAACCAGAAGGUGUCUGUUUUCAAGUGUCCAGACUGUUCUCUUUUAUAUGCACAGAAGCAACUUAUGAUGGACCAUAUCAAGUCUAUGCAUGGAACAUUGAAAAGAAUUGAAGGGCCUCCCAACUUGGGUAUAAACUUGCCUUUGAGCAUUAAGCCUGCAACUCAGAAUUCAGCAAAUCAGAACAAAGAGGACACCAAAUCCGUGAAUGGGAAAGAGAAAUUGGAAAAGAAAUCUCCAUCUCCUGUGAAAAAAUCAGUGGAACCCAAGAAGGUGGCCAGUCCUGGGUGGACGUGUUGGGAGUGUGACCGCCUGUUCACGCAGAGAGAUGUGUACAUAUCCCACGUGAGGAAGGAGCAUGGGAAGCAAAUGAAGAAACACCCCUGCCGCCAGUGUGACAAGUCCUUCAGCUCAUCCCACAGCCUGUGCCGGCACAACCGAAUCAAGCACAAAGGCAUCAGGAAAGUGUACGCCUGCUCGCACUGCCCGGACUCCAGGCGCACCUUUACCAAACGGCUGAUGCUGGAGAAGCACAUCCAGCUGACACACGGCAUUAAGGAUCCUGACCUGAAAGAAAUGACAGAAGCCACCACCGAGGAAGAAGUGGAAAUAAAAGAAGAUGCCAAGGUUCCCAGUCCCAAGAGGAAGCUGGAAGAACCAGUUCUAGAGUUCAGGCCUCCCAGAGGAGCGAUCACUCAACCACUGAAAAAGCUGAAGAUCAACGUUUUUAAGGUUCACAAAUGUGCCGUGUGUGGCUUUACCACUGAAAACCUGCUGCAGUUCCACGAACACAUCCCUCAGCACAAAUCGGAUGGUUCCUCCUACCAGUGCCGGGAGUGUGGCCUCUGCUACACAUCCCACGUCUCCCUGUCCAGGCACCUCUUCAUCGUGCACAAAUUGAAGGAACCUCAGCCAGUGUCCAAGCAGAAUGGGGCCGGGGAAGACAACCAGCAAGAGAACAAACCCAGCCCCGAGGACGAGUCCCCUGAUGGCGCUGUGUCAGACAGAAAGUGCAAAGUGUGCGCAAAAACUUUUGAAACUGAAGCUGCCUUAAAUACUCACAUGCGGACACACGGAAUGGCCUUCAUUAAGUCUAAACGAAUGAGUUCAGCUGAGAAAUAGCCACAGAUGUUCUAUAAGGAAAAUCCCUGUCCACAUUGGAAUAAAAAAAGACAUUUUUGUUACAAAAAGUUUGCAGUAUAAUAGAGUUAACAGUACUGUCUAGGCUGUUGCAAUAUAUUCUCUUUCCACAUACCUUCACCUCGUCGUAUAUAUCCUCGAUAAGUAUUAAAGCAGUAUUUGAGUUAAAAGAGUUUGUAUAUAUUUAAAUGAAUAACUUUUUAUACUCUUUGUUACAUGUUUAUAUCAGUAUUUAGUGGAAAAUAUUGAGUUUCGUUUCGUUUCAUUUUGUUUUGGGGUUAGAAGUUUUCUUUUUUGUACUGUUUCUUUCAAAGAGAGUUCUUAGUAACAGGGACAGUUCUUGCAUUCAAAUAAAUCAUUUUGUAUGUUACGAAUUUGAAUGGGUUAACUAAUUCCAGGCUAAAAUAAUGCCUUUUUUAGAGUUUUUAAUUUUUAGAAUUCACUACAUAAAUUAUAGAGAAUUGUGGGUCUCAAAAAACACUAGGAACUUUUAAGUGUCUUAGCACUACCCUCAACGUGCCUGCUCUGAGCCAGUGAGUGCACAGUCAAGACACAACUGCACUCCGGUGCGGGCGCGGCAUUAUUUUUCAGGCCACGCCAAAUGGUGUUUAAAAGCAGCCUUGCAGGGAGCCUCUUUCCCAGCAGUGAGUAGAGACUUAGGCCAGGAAUCCAAUGAAGAAUGUAGAUUUCCUUAAUUGCAUCUUGAGGGAUGGGGAACCAAGGGUAUUCUAAAGGGGGGGGGACAAAAACCCCAUUUUGGUUAUUUUCCAGGCAAAUUUGCAAGGCUGGCUUAAAGAGCACAAGGAGAUGAGGUCACGAAAGGGCUGGACUACUAUAAAAGUUACAAUACGUAGUUAGACCAGUAGAUUUAUAUAGUCAGGUUUUUUUGUCAUGUAAUUUAUUAACUGUUACAGAAACACAACUAAGAAUAUCAAGUAUUUCUCUGGCUCUUGACAGGAAAAUAAAAAUCACAGUUGACUUAACCCUUCGCUGUCAAAAGAGUUGGCGUUUCCUGUUCUGGGUGCUACUGCCAAAUGUCCUGGUACUUAGAGUUGGGAUGCACAACUUCAACCACCGACUUACCAAUGCAGCAGCCUGUGUAUUGCAAUCGGCCAUUAGAUGAAGCACUGAGCCACCUGGUUUAGUUCAGUCAUUUCAAUAAGUACAUUUAAUGUCAACAGUCCUGCUUUACUAAAUGCAACAGAGGUACUCUUCUGUUCCUUCCGUUUAUAGUUCUCUGGGAGAGUUCUAUUUUUGGUUUUUGUUUUUGUGUUUUCUUUUGCAUUUUAUAUCUUAUAUUUAUCCCUGAACAUGUUUUGUACUUUUUUUUUAAGAAAAAAUUCUUUUGUGUAUAUAGAGAUACUUGCAUGAUAUACUGUAGUCAAUGUUUGGUUCCUCAAAAGGUCUUGCUGCUGUAAGGUGUUAUGCACUACAUCCAUCAUAACUGUAUUAAACACAUUUCAUUUGUAAAUAAACGUGGGACAUUUGGCCCUUGUGCUUCUGUGAGAGAGUUAUUGAUGGUGGGUCUCUGACAUCUCCAUGAAGUUUAGGAAGUGAUUAGGUUAUAGGAACAGGCUACAGGAUAUUGCAGAAUUCUUCCCACUCGGAAGAAUGGCAUAUUCAUUCUCAUUAGUAAUCAGCUAUUGUCACUUUCUCGUUGACUCCAUCGGUACAAUCUGAGGGUGUGAGUAUUCUUCAACUUGAAAUUCAAUUGCUGUUACUUGUUAUAUUUGUAUUGCUCUAAGUUGUAUUCAUAGCACUUUCAUUGUUUCUGCAUUUGAACCUUGCAAUAAACCUGUGUGGUAGGCCACGCAGGUCUGAAUAGCCUAGUUUUACAGUUGAGGAAGCUAAGCUCAGAUAAAGUUCUUUGCCUAAGCCCUCAUAGCUGGUAAGUGGCUCUGCAUAUUAGAACCCAAAUAUUUUGCUCUAAAUAUAGUGCUCGCUCUAUGUGGUUAUGUACAUAUUGAUAAAUAUUCAUUUAUUCAACAAAUAAAAAGUAUGUGCAAAACAUGAUACAGAA